UGGGCGGAGCGGCGGCCCCGAGCGCCACGCCUCCACCCCCGCGGCCGCGCGGCCGUUGGUAGCGCCUCGGUGGUGCGGGCCUGCGUACUUGCCCAGGUGCCCCCAGAGAACUGCCGGCCGCCUGCGCUUCAUGAUCAACAUGGGGGACUCCCACGGGGACGCCAGUGCCACAAUGCCCGAGGCGGUGGCCGAGGAAGCAGCGGCCUUCAGCAUGACGGACGCCGUCCUGUUCUCCCUCAUCGUGGGGCUGCUCACCUACUGGUUCCUCUUCCGUAAGAAAAAGGAGGAAGUCCCCGAGUUCACCAAGCUCCAGUCGACGACGGCCUCCGUGAAGGAAAGCAGCUUCGUGGAGAAGAUGAAGAAAACGGGUAGGAACAUCAUUGUCUUCUACGGCUCCCAGACGGGCACCGCAGAGGAGUUUGCCAACCGCCUGUCCAAGGAUGCACACCGCUAUGGGAUGCGGGGCAUGGCUGCUGACCCGGAGGAGUACGACCUGGCUGACCUGAGCAGCCUGUCCGAGAUAGACAAUGCCCUGGUGGUCUUCUGCAUGGCCACUUAUGGUGAGGGGGACCCCACCGACAAUGCACAGGACUUCUAUGACUGGCUGCAGGAGGCCGACGUGGACCUGUCAGGCGUCAAGUAUGCGGUGUUUGGCCUUGGCAACAAGACCUAUGAGCAUUUCAAUGCCAUGGGCAAGUACGUGGACCAGCGGCUGGAGCAGCUCGGCGCCCAGCGCAUCUUUGAGCUGGGCAUGGGUGAUGACGAUGGCAACCUGGAGGAGGACUUCAUCACAUGGCGGGAACAGUUCUGGCCGGCCGUGUGCGAACACUUCGGUGUGGAGGCCACAGGAGAGGAGUCCAGCAUCCGACAAUAUGAGCUCGUGGUGCACACAGACAUGGACCCGGCCAAGGUCUACCACGGUGAGAUGGGACGGCUGAAGAGCUACGAGAACCAGAAACCUCCUUUUGAUGCCAAGAACCCGUUCCUGGCUACUGUCACCACUAACCGGAAGCUGAACCAGGGCACCGAGCGGCACCUCAUGCACCUGGAGUUGGACAUCUCGGAUUCCAAGAUCAGGUACGAGUCUGGGGACCACGUGGCUGUUUACCCGGCCAACGAUUCUGCCCUCGUCAACCAGAUUGGAGAGAUCCUGGGAGCCGACCUGGACGUCGUCAUGUCCCUCAACAACCUCGAUGAGGAGUCCAACAAGAAGCACCCGUUCCCAUGCCCCACCACCUACCGCACGGCUCUCACGUACUACCUGGACAUCACCAACCCGCCACGCACCAAUGUGCUCUACGAGCUGGCACAGUAUGCCUCGGAGCCCGCAGAGCAGGAGCAGCUGCGCAAGAUGGCUUCUUCCUCAGGCGAGGGCAAGGAGCUGUACCUGAGCUGGGUGGUGGAGGCCCGGAGACACAUCCUAGCCAUCCUGCAGGACUACCCGUCACUGCGGCCCCCCAUCGACCACCUCUGCGAGCUGCUGCCCCGGCUGCAGGCCCGCUACUAUUCCAUCGCCUCCUCCUCCAAGGUGCACCCCAACUCCGUGCACAUCUGUGCCGUGGCUGUGGAGUACGAGACCAAAACUGGCCGCAUCAAUAAGGGCGUGGCCACCAGCUGGCUGCGGGCCAAGGAACCUGCAGGGGAGAACGGUGGCCGGGCCCUGGUGCCCAUGUUCGUGCGCAAGUCCCAGUUCCGCCUGCCCUUCAAGGCCACCACGCCUGUCAUCAUGGUGGGUCCUGGCACUGGCAUUGCUCCUUUCGUCGGCUUCAUUCAGGAGCGGGCCUGGCUACAGCAGCAGGGCAAGGAGGUCGGGGAGACGCUGCUGUAUUAUGGCUGCCGCCGCUCGGAUGAAGACUACCUGUACCGCGAGGAGCUGGCCCAGUUCCACAAGGACGGUGCCCUCACGCAGCUCAGCGUGGCCUUCUCCCGGGAGCAGGCCCACAAGGUCUACGUGCAGCACCUGCUGCGCAAAGACAAGGAGCACCUAUGGAAGCUCAUCCAAGAGGGCGGUGCCCACAUCUACGUGUGCGGGGAUGCCCGAAACAUGGCCAAGGACGUGCAGAACACCUUCUACGAGAUUGUGGCUGAGCAGGGGGCCAUGGAGCACGCACAGGCUGUGGACUACGUCAAGAAGCUCAUGACCAAGGGCCGCUACUCACAGGACGUGUGGAGCUAGGAGCCGCCAGGGCCCCGUAACCUUCCUCACUCCCUC